AUGGAUCGAUACCCUGCGGACUAUGUCCUCCAUAACUUACCCUUACUUGUCCUCUCCGGAUUAGGCUCAGGAGCGAGCGAGUCUCAAUCUGACAUAUCUGGGCGGACACAUGCUUUUUUCCAAGAAGGUGGCUUCAGAAUCAAGGUAGAUGUGCCGCCCGCGCAAAAACCUCUCGCAGAGCGAUUGCUCCAGUCUUUCCGCGCACAGGAUGCCUCUGAGGUGCCAUGGCAUUCGCAGGCCCUAGUCGCUCGAAAUGGCAGGGUGUUCAAGAUCGUACCGGUUGGGCGGGUAUACACUCUCCCUCCCCGUAAGGCACCGCCUCCGCCCUACUCUCCCAGCUUGUCAGCGACUGUUGCCAAUGGAAGCCCCCCGCCGCCUCUCGUGCUCCAUUCUCCCCUGUCGCCUCUGACACCACGCUCACCGCUGUAUCCCGAUGGGAUCAUGUCGCCCUUGUGGAUCACGAAACAUCAGUCCCGGCUGCCUUGUGCCCUUCUGAGUUUCUUCUCCCUCUGUUCUGAUCCACAUGUCAGCUCUCUGGAGGACAAUAAGCUCAAGUCCGAGAUCAGCAAUGUCCGCAACGUGCUUUUGUCAACUAAUUACCGGACUAGAGUCGUCCUCGUCCUGCUGGGUGACGGUGAUAUCACUUCCUCCGAGGUUGAAGAUCGUUGCAACAAUAUCCGGCGUGCUACUGGUCUUGACGGGAAAUCCAUUUACUUUCUCCCUCAUGACGCCACCCCGAACGAGGUGGAAGAGUUUGUUAGCUCUGUCCUUUCCUAUCUCAAUCCCUUAUGUGCGGAAUAUUAUCGCGAUCUUUCGAAGCAUGCUCGCCGUAAGCGUAAUAGAAACGUCGUUCCUCAGCCAACCGUGCGACCAGGCACCUCCCAUCCAUUGUCGUCACAAGGCUGGAACGUCAGGUAUGAGUUCAAACUAGGGGUGUUCGCAGAGUUUCGCCAGGAAAUGGAUGCUGCAUGUCGAAACUACGAGGCGGCAUACGAAUGUCUCUUUGGGUCAGAAGUUAUAGAAGCGGUUCCAAUAUGGAGUCCACGUUUCAACGAGGCGCGGUUGCUUGCCGAUAUCAUCGCAUUGCGCACUAUCAGGUGUCUUCUAUGGUCAAAUCAGGGCACCGCAGCAGUGCGUUUUUGGAUCAGUCACCGAGAUAGGACCAUGGACUUGGUCAAUCGAAAAGGCAAGGGCACGGACAACUAUGGAUGGGAGGCAUGGCAAUCUGCCUGGGCAAAGGUCAUGGCAGAAUUGCUGUCCAACUCAGAAUAUCCACUGCUCAACGUCAAGAACACCGAGAGUUCAGGGAUUCUUUCUAUCUUUGCCCGGCCUGAUAAGUCGCUUCAACCCGCUGACCUUACCACUCCUUGGGAACUCAUCCACCACGAGGGAUAUUGGCUUGACAUCUCCAGAAAAUGCACCAGCAACCGCCGAGAAUGGGCAUUACAAGUCCCGGACGAGGACAGACAGUCCCCAGGACGCUCGCCAGCCUCUAUGGUAGCAAGCAGAGCUCACCUUUACGAUACAUAUUUGGCACUUGAGCCGUAUCGUGAGGUACCAACUGAUGGAAGUGCCGGGUAUAAUUAUCUAGAAGAGAUUCUGAGUACCUUGAAAGUCGCCAUUGCUCACUUCGCCAAACGUGGUCAAUUACGCAAAGUCGAAAUCUUGGAACUUCAAAAAGGUCUUGAACAAAUCAGUGCAGGGUCCUGGACAGAGGCUGUUGCGACCCUUCUUCCCCUGUGGAACAGCACGAACUGGAGGCGGGGUGGUUGGUGGAGAUUAUUACAAUACCUCGGAUGGGCUCUGCUGGACUGCGUGUCUUAUGUCAAAGACCAUGCUCUUCUGAUUCAAUUGAUUUGGGAACUUUCGAACAGUCUGUUUGAACCAAAGCCAGGCGUCAACUAUGACCUGCAACUUGGCUCAAUUUUUUCCUCGUCCGAGGAUAUCAAUCUAUCGGUGGUAAUCGACAUGGAUGAAGCGGUGUCGCCGCUGGUGCCGGCCUUCGCCUUCUCUACCCACAACGUGUUUGUCGGAGAGCCCUUAGAGUGUCAGCUUUCCAUAGAGUCUCGGGCUCGGCAAGGAUUAUCUCCUAUUCAACUCACCGAAGCCAGGGUCGUCUUUGAGGGUAGCCUGAAACCCAUCUGUCUGGUAUCGGGAGAAGUCCAACAUCAAGAAAAUGACGCGUCAAGGGCUCGCUUCUGUGAUGUCGCCCUCGAAGACUCUUCAUCUACGGCUGUGCUAGCGAGCAAACGGUCUUCUACCGAAACAGUGCCUUCGUUGAUCGGCGUUGGCGACUUGAUAAUCGCACCCGGCCAUACAAUUAUAUACCGCUUCCGUGUCAUACCACGAGAGGCAGGAGAAAUAUCUAUUGCAUCAAUUGCUCUCAAAAUUCAGGAUGAGAAAUUCACUCUCACUGUUAGCUCGUCCGAUAGUGGACACUCAACAGCUCGUUGGUGGGAGGCCCGCAAUGGCAUCCCUAUUGCUCGCCCUUUCGGGCAAGAGUCGAAUGCGUUCAACACCAUUGAUGUCAAACCAAAGCCGCCAAAACUGCAGAUUGAAGCACCUGACCUGAAACCCACAUACUACACCAAUGAGUCCUUCAACAUUGACUUUGACAUCCUCAAUGGAGAAGACGAAGAAGUGGUAGUCUCAGUUGAGGUACGAAUGAUAGGUUCCGUUGAGGGUGCUGCGCAAAUUAGGUGGCACUCGUCGGAAACGAAUGAAGCCGUGGAUCCUUCUUCAGAUACAGGUAGCCCAACGUUACCAUCUCGAGAGCUCGGGGCAAUACCGUCGUCUGGCAAGACAACAGUGUCUUUAAUUGUUACAGGAACCGCAGUCGCUGUGGAUUACGAGAUCGAAAUUACGGCAAGGUACGCACUGAUCUCGGAGCCGGAGACCAUCUUGACCAAGACUACGACGGUCGAUGUCACUGUUAUACGGCCUUUUGAAGCGAACUACGAGUUCACCCCUCGCCUCGAUGCGGAUCCAUGGCCGAACUUCUUCGAGGCACCUCCGUCGGAUAGCGAUUCUGCAAGUGCUCUAGGUUUGCGACAUCGAUACGUGAUGGCAGCCAGUAUUUGUUCGUUUGCGGCGGAGCCUAUCGUCAUUGAAGCAAUUCUUCUUACUGCGACCAAAGUUGUGGGAGGAGCGGUUUGCUCGACAAGUACUGGUAUCGUGCGCAAGGAGGAUGACACGCAGGCUGACAAAGACGCGGCCGCGAUCUCGUCGAUAAUCUUACCGGAUCAGACGCAGAUCUUCGAUUUUGAGCUGACUAUCCAGAAGUUGAAACUGGGCGACCGGCACACGGUUGGAUUAGAUCUUGCUCUCGAGAUCGGCUGGCGUCGGCAAGGAACUGAAAUCGUCAACACCACGGUGUUGGAGGUGUCCAAGCUCUUAGCACCUAUGGCAGAGCCCCGCGUUCUGCUCACGACGACUGAUAUGGCCGUUGACUUGUCUGAAAUGCAUACAAGGCAGUUGAAGUUCACGAUCGAGAACCCUAGCAUGCAUUUCCUUACAUUCAACAUUUCAAUGGAGGCCAGUGAAGACUUCGCUUUUAGCGGGCCAAAGAUAUGUGCCCCAAGCUUGGUCCCUAUCAGCCGACAUACGAUAACAUACCAGAUAUUCCCGUACAAGCGAGACCAGUGGGUUGCUGUGCAGUUGAAAGUGGUUGAUGCAUAUUUUGGACAAACACUGAAAGUCCUCCCUGGCGGAGAAGGGGUGAAGGUCGACAAGAAGGGGAAUCUUCUCGUCAAGGUCUAA